CAUUUUCAUCGUGCGGAUGGGAACAUUUCAAGAGCAUGCGGUCGCUGCGGGAACAACAGAGCAACGGAAGCCUAUGUCCAUGAUGUAUCAUUUUGAUGUUCAGGACGACAGCUUGCCCAUUAGUGUCAAAUUGCCGGGAUGCCGUGCAGUCACAAUUGUGCCCCUCCAAAAAAAAACUGGCGUAACCGGGAGCUGGACGUGUUACUGUCAGGUAUCCUGCUUCUAUGCUGUAAAGUUCCGAUGAGUCCGUGCGACAGCUUCCCCAAAGUCAGAAACGUCAGAAUCUCUCAUGCGGAUUCUGACUCAUGGAAAGGAGCGAGCCAGCGUCCCGCGCGGCAAUCAUUGCUCGACUCAGAACGCCGGGUGAAACAAAACACGUUCGUCACGCCCGGCAUGUGGAGCAUGCCAUUACGCGAUAUACUCAACAUCAUUUUUGGAUCCGAAAUAAGGAAGAUCGAUGAUCUCAGCGCUGCACGCGCCCAGUAAGAGCGAGUUAUCGUUCCUUCUUUACCCAUGCAACUGGGACGUUACACUGCUGCGUGACAACUCGCUUCUCCUGAUAGCUGACCUUGCCCUGAGCAUACACA